AUUAUCUGAGCACAUCCACGUUUGUUUUAAACAUUAUUCAUGGUCUAUUCAACAUUAUUCAUAGUUCAUUUAUUACAUUGUCUUUAUUACUACAUGCAACUCUAGAGAAUACGUAUAAUAGAUAUGAAUUGUUUAACUGCAUUACAACUAAUAAGGCGGUAUAUAACUAUGACCAAACCAAUAUGAAUGUUUGAUUUGAACAGGUUUUCAAAGGUUUUACAAAGGAUACCUCAACUACCUGUACAUUGUAAAAUCAACAUUGUUUAAUUUCAAUAGCACCAGCAAUUUUCACAAAAAAAAUAAACAGAAAAAGGCGGAAAGUUUCAGUUUCGACUUUAUUUAAUAUUUACUAAGCCUUGCACGCAUUUCGGUGGCAAAUAUUAAAUCAGUCGAUCAAAAUGGAAAUGACCACUUCUGAAAUGGCAAGUACUGAUUCUCUAACUGUCGAAGUCGAUAUAACAGGACAAGACAGUGAGGUUAACCACGUAGUUAACCACAAAGAUAGCUUACUGAAGAUUAUGACAACCAACGAAGAAGACAUUCGAAUGAACAAAGAAGAGUAUCGCGAAGACUUGCACCAAAAAACGAUAACUUAUAGGAAAUUUUUAUCGAACGGAAAUUGUAUUACAGACAAAAUUCAAGAAAAAAAUAUAGAGGGUGAUUUGGAAUCAAACUUAUCAAAAAAAGAUCAAGAUUUAUGCAAGUCUUCACUUGACAAUGACAACGAACGAACGACGGAAGAAAUCAAUCUGACGGAGAAGUCCAACAGUCAAACAGAAGAACACAAGCAGAAAACAAAGAAUGGAGAUAUACACGAUAACAAAGAAGAACUUGUAAAGAAAUCAAUGUUUACUAUAGCUCAAGAUGAGGAUAUUUACGACGAUAGUUCAUCAGAAAUGAUUCAUCUAUUACGUGGCACCAUUUGUGAACUGGAACGAGCAUUGAGGGAUUCAAGAGAAUUGAUAAAAACCAGAGAUGAAGAGAUUGCAAGACUUCGUAGAGAGUUGGUAAAAGGUAGAGAACAGAUCCAUAAAGAGCAAGUGAAAUUUCUAAAAAAGAGCAAGAUGUUGGAGGAGAACGCACUGGAGAUUCAAGAGCUAUCUACGAAAUUACAAAAGUCAGAGAAAGACAGAGAAGAGCUCUUGGAAAGAAUUAAAGAACUCGAAUCUCCACCUGACGAUACUGUUUCAUGUUGUUCAUCUAUGGAAGAAGUUCUUCAGCUGAAAAUGGAGUUGAUGGAGAAGAAUGACUUUAUCAAAGAAAUUAAAAAAAAUAAUCAUCCGGAAAUUUUGGACAAUGCAAUAGUUUCAGCUACAAACUGGAAAAGAAAAGAACAAGAUCAACACUAUCAUCUCAAGUUAAAAUUCUUGCGAGAUGCUUUCUUUUAUUUCAUGAUAGAUUUUCACAGUGAAGAACAAAUGAAAGCCAUCUUGGCAGUGCUUGCAUAUGGAGACCAAAGAGAGGAUGUCAUUCAACAGGCUUUUAACAUGAGACAAAGAGGGAAGAAGUUUACAGUUAAAGAAGUCUCUUCACGAGGACUUGCAUUUCUCCACGAGGAGACCUGAAAUUAUGACUUUGCUCAUCUUUCGCAAUUACUAUUGAGAGGUUUCCAGUUGAACAAUCAAGUCGAGAUCUUGUAUCAAAGCUCGCAAUUUCUGGAUUAAAACUUUGAUUUUCUCAUUUCUUGUUUCAACUUCCUGAAAACAUUCAGAUAAUUUUAAUAAUAUCGACUGCAGUUUUAACUUGUAGAUCACUUAACAAUCACCUUUAUUAAACAUUCACGCUCAUUGUCUUGAAGAUCCAUGCCAGCUAUUUGGCUGGGCUCGUUUUCUAGUGGUAGCAAAUGCUAAGGUAAAAAAAUAGUGAGAAAUUACGUAGUGUGGAUUGUUAUUGGUAAAUAUGUAAAAUAAAGUACAUUCUUUAAGAUCAUA